UAGUUAUGAACACGAAUGCAGUGUUUUCGCAUUGCAUGUUAAUAACAAACAAACAAGACUCAUUUGUGCAUUGAAGUAACAUAAUAUAUAUAUCAAUUUUGUAAUACAUAAUUUUGUAAAUCAAUUGAAAUAGUGAAAAGAAGAAAUGAAACAUUUUCGUAACGAUUUUUCUAUUUUGAAGGCGAGUAGCUAGAUAGCAUUCAUAAUUCAGAGUGUGACAAAUAUCAUAUUCUGCAAUUGUAAGCACUAUGCGACCACUCUUUCCAAGGAUUAUCGUAUUUCAAAUAGCCAAGGACGAAGAUGAUUAAUUCAACAGUUUUUUGGGGUGAAGGUUGAAUAUCUAGAAAAAUUACCGUCGUUAAAAAAAGUGUUUUGUCAGCUGGGGAACAAUAUUGAUUCAUAAAAGUUAUUUUUUAACAGUGCAGUUGUACAGUACAUGUGGAUAGAUGUUUACCUGAGAGAUGAGGGAUAAACUGUAAUCAUUAGAUAAGAAAAUUAAUAGAGCACAAGUUGUUUACAUUUAGUCAGGAAGGUGAUAACACACAAGAAACAGAUUGACGUUUCUAUUUCCGAUGAAUGAAACAAACUGAGAUAAAUUAAUUAAGUUUUAAUCGUCGUGAAAUCUUUUAAAAUAUGGCAUCAUUUUCCGGAAUAGGUUGUACAUCAGGACCUUCUUUGGAUGGUUUGGACUUAUGUCACGUCGAAUUUACAGGUGACGUGCAAACGGACAUAUGGGGAUACAGAAUAAUGAAAGCCACAACUAUUCCAUACACCCCGGAAUGGCAAGGUUUACUUCGAACAGCAUGCCAGCUUAGCGGGGAGCAGCUUAUUCGGCUUCACGUGGAGUAUGGACAUUUUGUAGGACAAACGAUUGACGAAUUCAUUCAAACUGAAGGAAUUAGCAAUUUGGAUUUUGUAGCGGCUCAUGGGCAUACUGUUUUCCAUCAGCCAAAUUUGGGAUAUACAUUCCAGCUCGGAGAUGGGGAGACAACUGCUGUGCAUUUGAAAUAUCCGUUUGUAUGUAACUUUGGUAAUAAAGAUGUUGCACUUGGCGGUCAAGGCGCCCCGCUAGUUCCUAACGGAGAAAAAUUUCUAUUCAGUCACAAAGAUAUAUGCAUUAAUUUGAGUGGGAUAGCUAACAUUGGUCUUAGAGGACUUCAAGGGUAUGAUGUAUGUCCAUGUAAUUAUGUUUCAAACAUGCUGGCUAAUCUACACGACUCUAAACUGGAGUAUGACCCAGAAGGCGACAUAGCACGGACUGGGAAAGUAAUAGACGAUGUCUUAUGUCAGUUAGAAGGGCUAGACUACUACAAACAACUCCCACCAAAGUCAAUGGAAUCGGAAAAGAUUGAAAAUAGUGUGCUUCCAUUACUUGAUACUGGUAAAUACCAAAUUCCUGAUCUAUUAAGAGCAUUUGCUGAACACGUUGCAAACAGGUUGGCAGAUGCCUGCAAGGAUGGACGAAACAUGUUGAAUGCGGGAAAUGUGUCCAAGCAAAAUAGCGUAAUUAAAAUUCUGGUUUCUGGAGGUGGAUCUUUUAAUACACAUUUGAUUAAGUUAUUUAAAUCUAAGUUACUGAAUGAGGGGUUUGACAUUGAGAUCGCUGACAGUGACACAAUUGUGUUUAAAGAAGCGUUGAUAUUCGCUUUUCUCGGACUUCGUUGUUUGUUGAAUCAAGAAAACAUUAUGGCAUCUGUUACGGGAAGUAGGUUUGAUUCAAUAUCCGGUAGCAUUCACCGUCCAGUUCAUUCAAGUAGUUCCGUUACGAGAAUAAUUCGAUUUUUGAUGGAGAAAAACAAACAACGCACAGAUUCAUCAUCAUCACUUUGCUCAAGCUAAAAAUGUUUGGGAAAAAAGGGGCAUCUGGUACCGAGGACGGAUUAUUGAUACGAACUACUGCAAAGAUAUUAACCGACAUUCAAACUGUUUACUCUUAUAUACAAAGCAUAUUCUAGCAAAGGUAUCUCUCUUGGUUUUACUUGCCAAAACGACUGUAAAAAAUAUUUAAAAUUUAUUGUUAUAUAUUAUAAAAGCAUUGAACUAUUCGAAACGUUUGAAAAUGCAGAAUGUUUAAAGCAUAGUUUACUUGGAAGAACAUUAUUGAAAUACAGGAAUUGUGUACUUUUCAUAAACGAUUAAACAAGAGAGAAGAUAUCAAGGGGAUCAUUCGGAAAAAAUAGUCAAAUAAAAAAGACAAUACCAUGGCAACAAGUAAAACGACGAAAGGAUAAACAUAUUGAAUAAUAACAAAUAUUACAUAGAAAGCUAAAUACUGAGCAACACGAAUCCCACCAAAAACAUUGGUGACUCAGGUGCUCCGGAAGGAUAACAGUUCCUGCUUCACUACUGACACUCGUCGUGUUAGAAAAUAAGUAAGAAAACAUGUAUUUCGAUUUGUAAGUAACAGUUAUGGUGAGCUCUUUAUCUGGUUAUUACAACAAAAUACAGACAAUAUCCUGCAUAACUAAACAGACAUGCAAAUAGAGACAGCUUGCAUUACUACGAAAUUUAAAUUGCAAUGCAAGCUUGUCAGGAAACAUAAACAUACUUUAAUUUACUGCAUGUAGAGCGACAGCAGUCAGAAACAAUCUAGGACUGAACAAGAUGUUUUCAGUCUUCAACAGUUUCACAAUAAAAUGGUCUAAUAAAAUGUUCAAAUAAGACCUUUGAAAAUAGUGGAAUUAAUUACUUUUGGAGUGUCAAAAAUUCGUUGGAAGUACUUGAUAAGUUGCAUGCUCAUAUUGAUGAUUUCUAAUUUGUUCAACGUUUUGAUUUUCCUACCUAUAUACCACUUUGCCUCAUAAUCUCAUUAAGAAAAAAUUCACAUACCUAAUUCAAUGGGCAUUUAAAAAGUCAGAAUGCGAAUAUAUAUCUUCAAACUCUUUUGGGUCUUUUUUUAGUAACAACAAACAAUAGAUCUAUGUCAAUUGGCCCUGCUUUGAUACGAUAACUGCACUUUUGGGAUAUACAUUCCAGCUCGGAGAUGGGGAGACAACUGCUGUGCAUUUGAAAUAUCCGUUUGUAUGUAACUUUGGUAAUAAAGAUGUUGCACUUGGCGGUCAAGGCGCCCCGCUAGUUCCUAACGGAGAAAAAUUUCUAUUCAGUCACAAAGAUAUAUGCAUUAACUGAAUUUUUACCGAUCGAAACAACAUCUGAUACAAAAAUUUAAUAACACUUUAAGAUAUUUGGAUGAUAUAUUGGCUCUCAAUAAUGACGACUUCAGUAUGUACACUAAAGAGAUUUAUCCUGCUGAACUGACUUUAAAUAAAGCUGAUACUAACAAUGAACACUGCUCUUUCCUGGAUCUUGAUAUCUAUAUCUUUAACGGGAAGCUUAAGGAUGUACACCUCUGAGGAGCCAUAAAUUUCUAGAAUUAAACUUUUUUUCUCAA